GAGAUUUCUCAUGCGUUAAUUACUGUUUAUUACAUUACAUCUCUGGUGAGACUGCUUUUUCCUUGCAGCGACGGAGGUAUUCACACGGUGUUUUCUACUGGGACUGACCAGGGAUACCCAGACAAAUUCAGCUACUGACGGAUGAACACCGGCAGCAGGUGUCAGGAUGCCCAGACUUGCUCCCCAGCACUCCAACAUGUCAUCAUCACCUCAGGCAGCCUGUGCUCUACCUGCACCUACCUGCACUGUGCCGUUUUUGGACUCUAAGCUUCAGGAAAACUUUUUUCUUGCUGAUGUUAACGAGGAAAAAAAGAGUGUGCUACCAGUUACAUCUGGAGAAGCAGGAAAACUCUGUUCACUGAUUCAGCUGUAUAAAGAUGAUUAUUAUAGAACUACAAAUGCCAUCCAAAGCGGAAAAUACUUUACUGAUCUAAGCAAAGAGUCUGACCAUCUUGAACACCAAGUUUGUAAACUUUCUGUAGCAGAGAUGACAAUUAUUGGUACACAAGAGGAUUUGCUGGUAGAGGAAUUAGAAACACUCAAAACCACAAGAAGAUUGUUAUGGCUUUUACUUCAAACAAGAGAACAUGAACAUUUAAGCAGCAAAAAUAUCAACACUUUGAUACAGAAGUUAAGUGAAAAUGAAACCCAAAAUGCUAAUCUCAGGAGAAGGAUACUCGAAAGGGAGAACCGUGUCAAAGAACUUUCAUCCAUGCUUCAGUUUAAAAAAAUCAUUGUGCUGAAAAAAGACCCCAUGUCAAGAUUGGCAAGCACAGUAGAAGCUCACCUGCAAUGUCAGAUACGAAGAAAAGGAGUGGAAAAUGAGGAAUUAAAACUGAAAAUGCAGACUCUAGAAAAGAAAAUAGCAGAGUACAAACUUCAAGUUGGUGAAUACAAGCAUCAGAUAUUAGCCUUAAGGGAAACAAGUGAGCAUGAGAAGAGUGGCCUGAGAAAAGCAAUCACAUCCCAGAAACAAAAAGCUGCACGUUUUGAAGAAGCUGUGAAAAACGUAACCUCCAGAAUAAGAGAACAUGUGAGUGACUAUACUGAAGUCAAAUUGUCUGAGAUACUCUCAGCUUCUGAUGUCUGGAAAAACCAGCAUGAUAGAAUGGUAGAAGAAAAGACAAUGUUAGAAAUUCAUACAGAAGACCUUAAGAAGCAGAUCACAAGCCUUUCUGAAGACCUGAAAAGAAAAGAGGAAUACAGAAGAAACUCUAAUGAGGAAAUUCUUGGAAAGCUAAAUUCUGUUAACUCUGAAAAUGAAAAGAUUUAUCUUGAAAAUGAAAAAUUAAAGGUUUCCCUUGCUACAUUGGAAAACAGUACCGGUUCUUUUCAAAAUGAGAUGCUAAGUCUGCAAGAAAAGGCAAAGUUACAGGAAAACAUUGUUGAAGAGUGUAAAAUUCAGGUGAAGGACAAAACAGAGGCUGAGUUAAAGGAGUUAGAACAUGUUUGUGACAUACUGAAUGCAGCUGAGGAAAAGCUGCAAGGAUUUCAAGAAAAGCUUAUGUACUGGGAAAGGAUCAAUGCACAGAAAUGCAAAAACCCUAGGGAGCUACAGGUUCAGGAGGAAGACAACAUAAAUUCCAUGGACGGUCAUUCCUUGGAAGUAGAAAACUAUAACAUUCAGAAGAAAUAUGAAGACCUUAAGAGGAAAUUAGAAAAGAUAGAAUUUCAAAAUGAAGAACUUGCUUAUAAGCUCAAAAAAGAAGAUGAAAGUCUUCAGUGCAGUAAAUUGCAGCUUGAAGAGAAAAUUGAAGAGUAUAAUGGUUUAACCAGACAACUGGAAUCUGCUUUGGAGGAAGGGAGAAAAAUGAUAGCCGAAGAAUUUGAAAAACUGUCAUACACAGAACAAGCCCUUCAGACAAAAAUACUACUCCUUGAAUCUGAACUGAGAGAGUGGCAAGAAGAGAAAAAACAAUUUCUCUGCAGAUUUCACCAUAAUGAAAAGCACCAUGAGAUACGCUUGAAAGAGCUGGAGAACAGCCUACAAAAGUCAGAAAACAAAAACCAGAGCAUCCAGAAUUAUGUGCAGUUUUUGAAAACCUCAUACAGAACAAUGUUUGGCUGAAUCCUCUAACUUCAUUAAUUAUAAUAAUAAAGAAACUUUAAAAGAUUUGGCUCUAACGCUUGCUAGAGGCAAUGCUAUUGAGGCCUCAGAAUUUUGCUGGAUACAACUAUAUAAGUUUAGAUUGUUCUAGGAAAGUUUCUGCUAUGGAUCUGGAAACACAGGUCAAUCCAAGUAUAUCCUACUUGUUGAUUACAUACAAAAGACUUAGUUGGUAUUACUGAUAUAAGUAACUGUAUUAUUCAUGGAACAGAAA